AUGACUUUGGAAUCCCCAGAAGACGAUGCUGAUACCAGCAUUGGAUCAAGAUUAAGAAGGACUAACAGAAAUAUAAGGAAGAGAAGAGCAGUUGAAGACUCAGAGGACGAAAGUGAAAUAAUCAGUGAUGAUGAGGGCAAUAAUGAGGCCGGAAAUGCAGUAUCAGUGGAUGAUGCUGCUGAUUUAUCUUCUGAGGACGAAUACAGGCCUGCUCAAAAUAAAAAAAGAGGUGGCAGGAAAAAGAGAAGAAUAGCCAGAAGUAAUCAUGAUGAACAAUUGAGCAAUGAGGGUCUAAGAAAUGUUUCUGGCAACAUCGAUGAAGUAGAGGACUUUGAAGAAAACAAGAUAUUCGAGGCUCUUAGUAAUUCGGCUAAGCCAGUUUUCGAACUUGCAACCGAAUGGAUAGAAGCGUUUACUGAUCAAGGAGAAGAGAGUGAAAACAAGAAAUUCGACGCCGUGAAAGACUUUGUGAAUUUCGUUCUACGUAGUUGUGGCUGUGUCUCGCUUGUUAAGCGGCAUGAUGUUAUUGAUCCGGAUAGAGCUGACCAGACGGUCACGGAAGUUCAAGAACUGUUUUUAAGCCAAAAGCAGCAUGAAUAUCCACUAGGAUUGGGAAGUAAUGCAUCAAUACCCGAGUGGAAAGGAUUUAGAGCUAGGGCAGCAGAGUUUGUAGAGCAGAUUGUGUUUAUCGCAAGCGAAAGGGGUAUUUUGUACGAGAAUGAUGACUUUAUCGACACAAUUGUUUCGUGGCUUGGAAGUAUGUCUACCGUUGGUGAAAGAUCCAUGAGGUUCACCGCCACAUUUUACAGUCUACAGUUAGAAACGACACUCUGUAAGAUAUACACACAGUCAAGCACGUUUAUUGCGAGAUGCCAGCGGCAAUUGACAUCGGAAACGAAGAAUUUGGAGCGGUUAAAAUCGAUGGCUAGAAAACCAAGAAACGCAAAGCAAAGAGAGGAAGCGAUUCAGCAUCGAAUUGAGAUGAUUUCUGACAAUUCACUUUCGUAUACCAAGAAGCGGGGCAUUCUUGAGAAGCUGGUUAAGGAUGUGUUUAGUACAUUUUUUGUUCACAGGUACAAAGACACGAAUCCGCAACUUCGUAAAGAAUGCAUUGCAAAUCUGGGCAUAUGGGUUAAAGAGCUUCCAGAGCUGUUUUUCAAACCUGUGUAUUUGCGGUAUUUUGGGUGGCUUUUGACCGAUCCCAAGGCUUCUGUCCGACUGCAAGUGUUAAAAUCUCUCAUUCCUCUAUACCAAAGGCCAAACUCAGCCUCUGCCUUGAGACAAUUCACAAGACACUUCAAAGACACGUUCAUCCAGAUGGCUGUGCACGAAUCUGACACUUCCGUCAAAGUUUCUGCGAUUUCUUUGCUUGGAGAAAUGGUCAAAAACAGUUUUCUCGAAGACGAUGAGACCCGCAAGAUAUCAUCCCUUAUAUUCAACGAGAAUGAGAUGGAUGAAGGCGGUGAAAGAACAAUCAAGGAGCUUGCAAGGUUUGUUUCCGCAGUGGAGCAGGAGAAAUACUCUGAAUUUAUGGAAGUGCGUGGAUCCUCGCUCAAGUCGCUUAAGAAAAGUAUCAGUUUGAAUCUCAACGACAUGCUCAAGUUUAAGCUGCUUUUCAAGGUUUUGGAUGAAGGACACCAGUACUACCUACAUUCUGGUGAAGUAGAUGGCAGCGAAUAUGAGAAGUUGAGGCAGAUUGCAGAGGCAUUGUUCAUAAUCCCAAGAUACAACAUGAAAAAUGAGUCCUUGGAAUUCUUGAUCUCAUACAUUCUCUUUGAUUCCUCUUCUGUUACAGAAUGGAGUGGUACAGUAAGAUCGUCGCUUGAAUUGUCAACUUGGGAUACCACUAUGAUAUUGGCGUUUAUCUAUGGAAUCACGUCCUCGUUUGUGAAAGAGAGUAGUACAUACAGAAUAGUGAUGUCUCGAAGAUUCCACAGGAAUUUGAGUGACAUCAAAGACAGAGAGUACUAUCUAGUUAAAAUUAUAACGUCCCUACCAAAGAUUAUCUCAUUGGUGAGCACGGAUGUCAGUUCGCUUGCUUUUGCAUCGCUAAUAUUCUGCGAUCUUAUUAAAGGUGAAUCUUCAGGCACAAACACGUUCAGAGAGACCAACCAGGAAUCUUUACUUGUGGAAAUUGCAUUGCUUCUACUUCAGUACUAUGCGGAGGCAGAUCUUCCAUUUACAACUUUGGAAACGGAUUCCCAGUCCUAUGCAAACUCUGAAGCCUAUCCAAUUGGACUGUUCUUCCAGUGCUUGACAGAUGAUUACACGGAGAUCAACAUCAAAAUCGACAGUAUGCUUGUUGGACUUCACGAGACGUUGAUAUCCUCGCUUGACAACACAAAGUUGUCGGAAGCGACAAAUACCGUUCUAAAGUUGUUGUUGAUAAUGCAAGGAGAUUUACUUUUUGAUAAAGUCAGCAAGCUUUUUGUUGGAGAUGUUGAAAAUCUGAGUAAAUUUGCCAAAUCUGCUGUUUACAGCGAGCAUGAAGAUAUGGAAAACAAGAAGUCGUUCUUCGUUGCAAUAUUUGAUUUCUUGUGCCGUAUCAUUACCCACACAUUGAUUGAAGUGGCCAUCUCAAGUCCAGAAAGCUUGAUACAAACAGAAAAUGAACAGCUUGAAAUGUAUACAGAGCGUCUUUCCAAGGCACAGGUGAUUCUUGAGACUCUUGAAUCCAUCAUAGAAGAUGGUGAUAUAGGCAUUUUCUAUAAGAUAGCUGCACUAAAGAGGUGGGCUGAGGUAUAUUCAUUUCUCCAGAUGGUUAACAAGCAUUGCGUUGUUCAGUAUGCAGCCGGUUCGGAGGGGGCCGAAGUGCUAAAAAGAGUGUUUAGCGACCCAAUAAGGGGGUUGAAUCUGGAAGAGAAGAUACCAGAUUCGCUCGAGGAGACGUUGGUAUCCUUAUUUGUGAGUAUUGAGACCAAAUACGGAGAAGCAUCGGGUUUAUUGGGAGAUUUGACUGGAGAUCAAUCGGACACUACCGAAACGUCCACUGAGGAGCAAAAUUUACUUCGAUACCAACUUGUUAUGGCGGGGAGAGCUCUUGAGAUGUUGGCUGCGUGUGAUGUUUUUAAUGGUGACGUGAAAUUCCGUGUAGAGAAGAAUAAGGACACGUUGGGAGAACUCUACAAGAAAGAAAUUGGUAAUGCUUACGAGGAAGUUGAAAAAUUGGGAAAGUACCUUGACCAUCCUACAGAAUUGGAUGGCUUGGAUGCUAAUGGUGAUGAUGAAGCAUGA